GGACACUCGUUUAUCGUCCACACCCAGCGCAUCAGGGCCUCACACAACAUGCCGAAUGAUCCUACAUCUCAGGCAAACUUUCUCGAGAUCGCCUCUGAGCACAUCGACUUUGUCUGGCAUCUGGACUUCGAGGCCAAGGCCGUCGCUGGCGCAGCAACACAUACGCUCCUGGUUAAGCAGGACGGCGUUCGCCAUGUUGUAUUUGAUACUGCCGCUCUGGACAUCUCAAAGGUUGAGAUCGAUGGGCAUACCGCAGAUUACAGACUGGCAGAUAGCCACCCGGUGAUGGGCUCCGCGCUGCAUGUCGCGCUGCCCAGGGUUCCUCCGAUAGGCCUCCGUUUCAAAGUGACUGUGCAUUAUAGGACGACAGAAGACUGCAAAGCGUUGCAAUGGCUUGCAAAAGAACAGACUCAGGGUCAGAAGCACCCGUACUUGUUCAGCCAGUGCCAGCCGAUAUACGCGCGCAGCUUGGCACCGAUGCAAGACACUCCAUCCAUCAAGACUACCUACACCGCAGCGAUCACCUCUGUUCUCCCGGCCCUAAUGUCCGCCAUCCGAGUGUCCCCGCCCCAGGACGGCCCCGCACACGGCGGCAAGGUUAUCGGAAAAGACACAGUUGUGUACAGGUACAACCAGCCCAUCCCGAUCCCCUCGUACCUCAUCGCCAUCGCUGCAGGCAACAUCGUGUACAAGCCUUUCCCAGCCAUGCCGGACAAGAACUGGACGAGCGGCGUUUGGACCGAACCAGAGCUCAUCGACGCGGCCUACUGGGAAUUCAAGGAGGACACGGGCCGGUUCCUCGCUACCGAAGAAACCAUCGUUCCGCCGUACCGCUUUGGUGUGUACGACAUGCUCGUGCUCCCGCCAAGCUUUCCAUUCGGCGGUAUGGAAAAUGCGUGUUUGACAUUCCUAACCCCCACGCUGCUCGCUGGCGACCGUUCCCUGGUCGAUGUUGUAGUCCACGAACUCACGCACUCAUGGUUUGGCAACGGCGUAACGAACGCCAACGCGACACAUUUUUGGCUGAACGAAGGGUUCACGACGUACAUGGAGCGCGUCCUGCAAGAGAAGCUGCAUUCUCCUGCCGCGCGAGGCUUCCAAUACGUGAUCGGCUCCAAGAGCCUGCGCGACGCACUCAAGAGUUAUGAGAGCGCGCCGAAGUACCAGCGGCUUGUCAUCCCGUUCGAGAAGGGAGAAGACCCGGACGAUGCGUACAGCGAUGUGCCAUACGAGAAGGGUGCGAAUUUUUUGCUGCACCUUGAAAGGACGCUUGGCGGCCUGGAUGUGUUCUUGCCGUACAUCUACGAUUACGUGAGCACUUUCACAGGCAAGAGCAUCACUACCGAUGUCUGGAAGCAGCAUCUAUACGCGUAUUUUCAAGUGCACGGAGGAGAGGAAAAGGUCGCAGCGUUAGAUGGCAUACAGUGGGAUGCCUGGCUGCACGGCGAGGGUAUUGAGCUCCCAGUGAAGAUGGAAUACGAUACUACCCUGGCACAGCAAGCAUACGACUUGGCCGAAAAAUGGGAUAAGUCGAGGUCGGUCUCGGAUCCCAUCCAGACCUUCAAAGAGUCGGACAUCGCAUGCUUCAACUCUAACCAGAAAGUCGUCUUCCUCCAGACCCUGCAAUCCUACACUCCGCUGCCGGCCGCACACGUCGACGUGCUUGCCGAUGUAUACCACUUCUCGUCUGCGACUAACGCCGAGAUUCGGUUACGGUUCUACGAAGUCGCGCUGCAGGGCCCCACCUCGGCAGCGGCACGCAAGUACACGCCCGAUGCACUGCGGUGGGUCGUCGGCGACGAUGGCUCAGGUGUCGUCAAGGGCCGCAUGAAGUUCUGCCGACCAGUGUUCCUCGCGGCGAGCAAAGUCGACAAGAAGCUCGCGCGGGAGACGUUCAGGGCGCACCAGAUGGCGUUCCACCCGAUUGCGGCAAAGAUGAUCGAGAAGGAUCUCCAGCUGUAAGAUGAAAACAGGCACGACGGAAAUCAUGCGACAGUUAAUGUGCGUCACGAGGGCAGAUCCGUGUGCUAGUAGUGUACAACGGAAGAUAUCUUUGCUGUUGCCUAAAGCCGUGUACCCACGCCGCACGCUUCUUCGUCCC